CGGGGCCCCGCGGGUGGAUGCCCGCCGGUGCCGGGGCUGCCCCGGGGCUGCCCGGCCGGGCUGUGCCCUGGCGGCGGAGAGCCGGCGGGCCGGGGGGCGCUCCGCACGGGGCCGGGCCAUGCACAAGCCCAUGGAGAAGUCCCAAAACUUCCGCAUCGAGGCGCUCCUGGCUGAGGAGCCGGCGCGGGGCGCCUCUCCGCCGCGGCUGAGCCCCGGGAGCCCCGCUGCGAGCCCCGGUGCCGCCGCGCACUCUGACACCCCCUCGCCGCGGGCACCCCCGGCCGCUGCCACCCUCGCCCCGGCCGGUUUCGUUCCCAAGCCCGGGCUGCUGCACCUGCCCGGCCCCGGGCUGGGCGCCCUGCCGGCGCUCUACUCGCCCGCCGUGUGCCCGCUGCCGGCGCUGGGGGGGCAGCACCCCGCUUUCGCCUAUACUGGCAUCCCCCCGCUGCCGCCGCCCGGCGUCGAGCACAUGAAGGCGGCCGUGGCCGGCUCCUUCCCGCUGGAGCACUGGAUCCGAGCCGGGAUGCUGGUGCCGAGGCUCUCCGACUUCCACGCUGCCCCACAGUCUGGCUUGAUGGGAAAGUGCCGUCGGCCCCGCACAGCCUUCACCAGCCAGCAGCUCCUGGAGCUGGAGAAUCAGUUCAAGCUCAACAAAUACCUGUCCAGACCCAAGCGCUUCGAGGUGGCCACAUCACUGAUGCUCACCGAGACACAGGUGAAGAUCUGGUUUCAGAACCGCCGCAUGAAGUGGAAGCGGAGCCGCAAAGCCAAGGAACAGGGGUCUCAGGCGGAGCCCGAGAAGCAACGAGGGCUCAGCAAAGCCUGCGAGAAACUGCUGCCCGACGAGCCGCGGGGACAACCCGUGGAGAGCCCCGAGUUCCUGGGGCACAGCCUGCACCCCAGCACUGCCGAGCUGGGAUACGGCCCGGGCUCCUCCUACUCAGGGGGCGAGGAAGAAGAGGAGGAGGAGGAGGAGGACGAGAUGGGUGCCGUAGAGAGGAAGAUCGGCUCUGUGUUGUGAAAGGCAGGCGGAGCCGGCCGGGAAGAGGAGCUGGGCUGC